GUUUAACACGGGUGGCGAGAUGAGACCGCGAGACGCGAGCGUAGGGCGUGGUGAGAGAGCGUAGCCGACGGCGGCCUCCCCGCAGACGCGAAACCCUGAGCCCUCCCUGAUCGGGUGACCACUCACGGGACACACAAGGAGGUGAUGUAGAAAGAAAAUAAAACAUCAAAGAUUGGCAUCUGUUUCGACGGGGCAUUGCAAUAUAACCGAAGACAAGACGGACGAAGACAAAAAGAUGGUGUCUCUGCCUAGUGCAGAGCCUGGCACAAUGGAUAGAAUCUCAGAUGAUGAUGAUGACGAGCCAAGUAGUGGGUCUGAAACAUAUGAGGAGGGUGACCUUUUGACAGCUGCUAUGGAUGAUGAUGUGACGGCCCAGCUCGCCGCUGCAGGUUGGCAAAUCAAACACGCUAAUGGCCCUGUUGGCGUAGCCGCCGCGGCAGCCAUUGUCUCAGCGAAAAAGAGGAAACGACCUCAUAGCUUUGAAACAAAUCCCAGCAUUAGAAAGAGACAACAAAACAGACUCCUAAGAAAACUUAGACAAACUAUAGACGAGUUUGCAACGCGAGUUGGACAACAAGCAGUAGUAUUAGUAGCUACACCAGGAAAGCCAAACAGUAGUUAUAAAGUGUUUGGGGCAAAACCAUUAGAGGAUGUAGUAAAAAAUUUAAGAAAUGUUAUAAUGGAAGAACUUGAAAGUGCGCUCGCACAACAAGCUCCGCCACCAGUACAAGACGAUCCAUCUUUAUAUGAAUUACCACCUCUUAUAAUAGAUGGCAUACCAACACCCGUGGAAAAAAUGACGCAAGCUCAACUCAGAGCAUUCAUCCCUUUAAUGUUAAAGUAUUCUACAGGCAGAGGUAAACCUGGUUGGGGAAGAGAUAGUACACGGCCACCAUGGUGGCCAAAAGAACUUCCUUGGGCAAAUGUGCGCAUGGAUGCAAGGUCUGAAGAUGAGAAACAGAAGAUUUCUUGGACACAUGCGUUAAGACAAAUUGUAAUAAACUGUUAUAAAUUUCAUGGAAGAGAAGAUCUUCUACCUGCAUUCAGUGAAGAGGAUGAUAAAUCAAAUGUACUGAUACAACAAUCGACUCCUCAUUCCUCGUCGCAUCCGUCACAUUCAUCCGGUCAAGGGCAAGGUGGACAAUCGCAGCAACAACAGCAGACGGUGGGAGUUGUUCGCCUCAGCAGCACGGAUUCAUCUAAGGGAAACUCUUCGCCAGCACAAAUCAUUGCCGCGUCUCCUACAGCUCUUGCCACUGCCACUCAGAUGACGGCUCAAUAUCCGACGGCAGUUUUACAAACAAUAACGAACCCUGAUGGCACCGUAUCAAUCAUCCAAGUUGAUCCUAGUAACCCAAUAAUUACACUACCAGAUGGUACAACAGCUCAGGUUCAAGGUGUAGCUACCAUCCAUACAAGUCAAGGAGAAGUGCAAGCACUCGCUGAAGUAGCAGGCAGUGGGGAAGGUACUAGUGUCGCUGUCGAUUUAAACAGCGUUACAGAAGCAACAUUAGGUCAAGAUGGUCAAAUCAUUCUCACAGGAGAAGAUGGACACGGCUAUCCUGUUUCCGUCUCAGGAGUGAUAACAGUACCAGUAUCUGCUAGUAUGUAUCAAACUAUGGUUGCCAAUAUUCAAAGUGACGGUACGAUGCAAGUAGUUACACCAAUGGUUCAAGUCCCAAAGGUUGAGCCUGGAAAUGGGGAAGCUAGCAUUGAAGCUGUCACUAUUCAAGGGCAUCCUAUGACAAUGAUAAACGCCGCAGGUGAACAUCAAGUUCUUCAAGUAAUAUCAUUGAAAGAUGCUAAUGUCCUCACGAAGGCUAUGCAAGCCGAAGUUGUAAAAGAUGAGGAUAGUCAACAACAACAAACCGUCUCUAGUCCAGAAUAAAGCGUUUUACAUAGUUAAUACGAAGCUUUUAUGUUAACACCAAAAUGCGACAGGUGCACAUUAGUGGUGUUCAUGAGAAGAAGAGUGAGAGUAUUAGAAAUGAUAUGUGUUAUUAAUAUUAAGGGAGAUGAUUGUGUCUUUUCUGAAUCAUCGUAUAGUGUGUUCUCUUAUUGAGAAACAGUAAAUGAAUAGCGAAUAUGUUUGGAGAGUGAAAAUGAUUGAAUGUUCGAUGACUCAUUGGACUUGAAUGUAAUCAUAUUUGUAUUCAAGAUUCAUUGUAGACACUUAGAAGUAUUCACUUGUAAUUCAAUUUCUCAAAGAUAGUACUAAUUUUUAGAAAGUACUGCGACGCUCGAUGAAUGAAAAUCGUUGAACAUGCAAAGUUUCAUCGAUGUAUUUAUAGUGAUAGUAUCCGUCGUCUGGAUAUUUAACAUUUUCCAAUAAGCAAACACGGAUACAAAUAUUUUCAUCUAGUCUUAGUGUCGGGUCCUUAAGAACGAUCAAUAUACCAAAGAAUUUUAAAUUUGCGUUAAACUAUUUUACGAAAGAGAUGAUUACUAACAAAUUAUAUAAUUUAAUUACAUCAAACUAAUGAUCUAAAAAGGACUUUAAUUGAACGAGUUAAUGCUGUAACUAUAUAAUUCGAAUUUAUUUAUUGAACUUAUUAAUGAUAGAUUAUUUUUUCAGACAAGAUCAAGUCCCAAAAGAUGCUUAUGGUUUCAAAAAUAUUUAUGAAAAGAUCUGUCAUAUGUAAAAACCUUUUUGAAGUUCAAUGAAAAACGAAUUCACAUUUCGUAGCAUCAGGAUUCCGAACUAAAUGUAAUUUUUGAGUUAAUCAAAUUUGGCUAUCGGAUUAAAACAAAAUGUAAUAUGUAGCCUAUUUUUAUGAUAAAUUGAGAUAUGGAGAUGAGUCAUUUUUCGGCGAUAGAGAUAUAUAACGAUACAUAUUAAUAUACAUUAAUAAUCGACAGUAGAGAUAAAUGAAAAAAAAAUUAAGCAUUUCUGACGGGUACAAAUAGGCUAUAAGACAUAAUUUUUUGAAAAAUAAGACAUAUGGAUUUGAAGUACACAUCCAAAAAACAUAAUUACUUUUAUCAUAUUAAUACUAUGUUAUAUUAGAAAAUUAUUUUUAGGUGAUGUUAUAAAGAACACUAUAUACAUAAUUCUCACAAAAAUGACAAUUAAAUUUUUCCAUUUCCAUUCUGUAUUACUUUGAUAGCAUGCAGAAUGUAGAAAUGGAGAAUCGUUUAUUGUUCUUUAUUUUCAUUUUCAAAUAAUCUAUUUAUUUCGGUUAUUAAUGAAAAAAAAUCAAAAUGUUUUCAUGCAUUUAAAUGCCAACUCACUUUUAUACAAUAUAUUUAAUGUUAGGAAGAAUAUUAUUUUUUCUGUGCAAUCUUGUUUCAAUGUUGCGGUAUCAAGUAUUGUAAGCAUAUGUGAUUGACUACCGAAAAUGAAUUUCAUUAUUCUGACGAUUUUACUUACAUUUUUAUACUUUUUAGUAUCUUUGUGUGCAUCAUACGUAUAUAUAUAUAGGUAUGUGUGUGUGCAUAUAUAUAUAUAUAUGCACACACACGCACGCACACGCACAUACACAUACAUAAAUAUUGUUUUCAGAUAAUAACUAAUAAUGAAUUUGUGAUACUUGUUUAAUUAAUAUCUUUUAGUACAUGUGUCUCUAUCAUGAAUGAUGAUCAUGAAGUUCCUGUAGGUGUGUAGUACAGUCUUCUCUUUAAAAAAGUGUAUGUCAAGAGCAGAGUCGUAACAUUGAAACAACAAGCUGCCCUCGACAUUAAGUAUGAAUGAUACCAAAAAGAAAGAAGGUUUUUAUAACAUUAUAGGAGAGAGUAGAUAAAUUUAAUAAUUAUCAGUAGAAAACAGAUCACAAUGACUAGAUAUUAAUUGUUAUAUUGUUUUUUAAAACUAUGGCCAUUACAUACAAGAUGUAAUAUAUUGAUACUCCCAUGUAAGACCAUGUUGUAUUUUUUUGUUCUUGUUUGUAAGAAAUCACACAAGACAUAAAUUAAGUUUAAUGUCAUUUGAGAAAAGAAUGUAAUACCAUUUUAGAUAAUUAUAGAUGUAUGUGUACAUGACUU